AUGGCGAUGGAGUGGUUGGUGGCUAACUGCUCCAGGAAUUCUAAGACUUCCAAACAAAUUCUUAAGUUACAUUGGUCUCCUCCUUGUGCUGGCUGUUUUAAAAUUAAUGCGGAUGGCAGUUGUAUGGGUGAGAUGGGAUCUAUUAGUGUUGGAGGCAUCAUAAGGGACUCUACGGGUGGAUGGAUCAAGGGUUUUGUUACAAAUUUGAGGUGUGAUAAAAUCCUUGAAGCUGAAUUAUGGGGUGUUUUCAGAUGUUUACUCCUUACGUGGAACGAAGAUAUCCGAAGAAUUAAAGUGGAGUGUGACUCUUUUACUGAUGUCUCCUUAAUUAAUGGAGAGACUAGGCCUAGUCACCCUCUCUCUAGCCUCAUCCAUAAUUGCAAAGACAUGCUCUUGUGUGAUUGGGAGUGUUCCAUCUCUCAUAUUUAUAGAGAACAAAACAUUGAUGCUGCCAUAUGGCUCAUAUGGGUCAAAGUUCCAAUUUGGGUUAUCAUGUUGUUGAUCUUCCCCCUCCUUCUAUUGUACGGCCAGACUAUAAUGAGGGGUAAGUUAUAA